CACUGGAUGAACGAUGUUGAAGGGAAGGCUGCAGAGGAAACAGACAGAGAUAAACAUCCUUUUUCAUAUAUUACGGACAUCAGAGCCAAUAACAGUUGGAACACGAAGAAAUAGAAUAGGAAUAUAAUUUUUUUUCCCUAUAAGAAUUACUGAAACUCUACAUAGGUUACACUGAAAAGCAUGAGCAUUACAAAGACAUGUUUUUCAUGUUUAUUAGCUCUGGGAGUCGUACUCUUGUUCUUUUUCAAUAGCAAUUAUCCGAAUGACAAACAAAUUGUAAAAAAAAAUCACUAUUCUCAAGAGACAGUGGAACUGAAUGGAUCAUGUGAUGCACUGAUCAGACGGAACAAAUAUUUCUUUUGGGGAAAUGUACCAGCAAUAUCUUCUAAAAGAAUGGCAUGUCAAGAAUAUGUAAGGCAAAACCAUUAUAUCACAUCUCCUCUCUCCAGAGAAGAAGCUGACUUUCCACUGGCUUAUGUUAUGGUUGUGCAUAAAGAACUGGACAUGUUUGAAAGAUUAUUUAGGGCUGUCUACAUGCCCCAGAACAUCUAUUGUAUCCACGUUGAUGAAAAGGCAAAGUCCAAUUUCUUGCAUUCUGUAGAGAGAAUGGCAGAAUGCUUUCCUAAUGUUUUCUUGGCCUCCCGGACAGAGCCUGUGGUCUAUGCUGGAAUAUCAAGGCUGUUAGCAGAUAUAAACUGCAUUAAAGACCUGGUAAAAUCAGAAGUACAAUGGAAGUAUGUUAUCAAUACAUGUGGACAGGAUUUCCCAUUAAAGACAAACAAAGAAAUCAUACAGCAUCUAAAGAGAUUUAAUGGAAACAAUGUUACCCCUGGGGUGCUUCCCCCCAAUCAUGCUAUACCAAGGACAAAAUAUGUUCAUCGGGAGGAUUUAGUUCAUUCAUUAGUUUUGAGGACCACUUUGGUAAAGCCCCCUCCUCCUCAUAACAUAACUAUCUACUUUGGUACAGCAUAUGUUGCACUGACAAGACAAUUUGCUAAGUUUAUUUUUGAAGAUCAGAGAGCCAUUGACCUGCUGACAUGGUCCAAAGACACUUACAGCCCAGAUGAACAUUACUGGGUGACACUAAAUAGAAUAGCAGAUUUUCCAGGGUCCAUGCCAGAUGCUACAUGGGAAGGUGAUCUAAGGGCAAUAAAAUGGAGUGAUGACAGGACUCAUGAUGGUUGUCACGGACAUUACGUCAGAAAUGUUUGCAUAUAUGGACCAGGUGAUUUGAAAUGGUUACUCAAUUCAGAAAGAUUAUUUGCUAAUAAAUUUGAAUUGACGCGCUACCCCCCAACAGUAGAAUGUCUGGAAAUAAAACUGCGGCAACGUGCUUUAGAGAAUAGUGAAACUGAACUGCAGUCUCAUUGGUUUCUAUAAUUUGUUAAAUGCUUAUAAAUGAUGUUUAUAAAACAAGAACAUUCAACCUUUAACACCCUGUGUGUUGUGGAGCUAUGGCUUAUUACUUUUUGUUCUGCAAAUACAUCCAGCACUCGGACAGGACAUCACUGGAGCUUCCACCCAAAGUAGCAGGAGCACUGAAGUUUGACUCUCUCUACUGUAAAUCUAGAGCUUAAAGUGA